ACUUUGGAGAAAACCGGACCAACGGAUAGUUCAAAGUUGUCGACGAUCAAGCAACAGCUGGGUCCUCAGCAGAAACUCCGUAUAAUGCUUCUUUCCUGUACAUUCGCAAACGCAAACAUUCCGGCUCCGAAAAGACACACGGGAACCGGGUAUCCUUCAAAUUAUCACAGUGAAAGCUCUCUUCAGUCCUCUAUGAGUCGGGGAUUACAAUUGAGUCAUCGGAAAAACUUCAAGUUGCAGUGCCCGACUCACGUUACUCAUCAAUGUCCGAUUGAUACGUAUGUGUUUAUUAUGGACCUUUCAUUGGCCGCCCUUUCACUGUCUCUCUGUUUUCGUUCGCCUCAUCCCUUCCUUUAUACAUUCUCAAUUUGGCUGUUGAGCCACUCACCAAUGUAUAAAGCCUGGGCAUUUACCCUCGAAAUCGAUGGCAGAACUACCGUGACACUCAGUGCCUUCUCUCCCAGCAGCGCACAAAGCCCUUCAUCUCAUCUCAUCUCAUCUCAUCUCGAUCAGCAAUUAGUCACCUUUCGAACUCGUAUCACGUUUCUAGCAACAAGUAUGCAGGCAUUCAACCCAAAAGUCGAUGUGUCAGCGGUCUCAGAUACCGUUGCUGCACUGCAGAACGUUCUCGCGCGUUCGCAAGUGAUCGAGUAUCAAUUCCGUAGCGGGUAUAUCAAGCCAUUUAUUGAUAAUGACCAGACGUCAGACCUUGGAACCCCCUACUCUCGAGCAAGUCAUAUCAACCACACCAUCCAACCCAGAAAUUUGCCCAGGGGAUUUUCAUCGACUAUUUGGCGGUUGCCAACAGAAAUCCUCUCAUACAAGACAAGUACUUGUUACCCGCAUUUCAACUCCAUCCUCCACGGACAUGCACCGCCAACCGGAAGUGCUGAUAGGAGACUUUCUUGCACUCAAGGAGCUCACUACCCGCUCUGCUUCCUCCUUUAUACCUCAAGCAGUUAGUGUGUCGGCCAGUAAAAACCGCGCGUCACGGAUGACGGCGAAGUCAAGCGACGUAAAGUGCCAUUCGGAGUGACCCGUGCUUUGCCAGAAUUAUGUUUCAAGGAU